CAUCGCUUCUAGGUUGGAGGUCAUCGCUGUUAGAUUGGAGGUGGUGGAAGCCGGCCUUGAAGCGGCGAUCGAUGAAGGUGCUGCUGCACCAGAGGAGAGUGGCGAGCCACACCUACAUCCCCGACCCAGUCGGUCCAUGCUUGGCGGUGCUGAUGGCGCCAGGAUCGCGCCACGGAACUUGGGGCAGGAAGAGACUGCCUUGCAGGCGCGACCUACGCUGGCUCCGCACCUGCGGCUUCCACCGCGUUCGGCGGUGGCCGCGCCGUCCUGUGCGCCGCAUCUCCGCGACGCGUCGACACGCUCCAGGAGUUCCGGACGCAACGAGCAGCGGCUGCAUCGGAUUUCGAAGGCGUUGAGCAAGAUUCUUCGCCACAAGGCUGUGGCGCUCGGCAUCCGGAUCCGUGACGACGGAUUCUGUCCGGUUGAAGAGCUCUUGUGCCUGGCAGAGCUUCGCGCGCUCCGAUGCUCUUUGACGGACAUCGAGGAGAUCGUUCGGACCGACCAGAAGCAGCGCUUCCAGUUACAGGGGUCCUCGUUGCUCCGAGCCGUGAACGGCCACACCAUGGAGGUGAUCGACGAUGAGCGCCUGCUGACACGUCUUUGGCCGGACGACCCCCGUCUGCCGGAGGCCUCUGCCACGCGUUCGCAUCGGGGGACGGCCUGUCUGGCGCAGGCAGUCGGCGUUGUCUUUGGUUUUCCGCAGCCUCUGGUAGUGAUGGUGCUCGCAUUAAUCCUGUGCUUCCGUGCCACAUCCCUCGUCACAGGGACUGGACUGGUGGCGGAUCGGCGGCGCGUCCACUUCUCGCCCUUCGAGCCGCACGACAGUCGUGUGAUCUCGGGCCUGCGUGCUAACUGCGAGGAGGAAAGAAUAUCGAUCAACCACCGCAUAUGGCACAAGACCUCUGUGGCAUGUCGAUUCUGAACGCUACGAGAGCAGAGGUGGCCAUCUACAUAGACUUGCCCGCGGCUUUGGAGGAAGGGCUGCCAUUCUUCAUGAGCGCAAAUGAGGUGAUACUGUCGCCGGGCAUCGAUGGGCGAAUCCCGCCCAAAUUCAUAACUCGCGUGCGCCGCCUGUGAAGACAUGACACUGGAGUGGAAG